AUGUCAAGCUUUGGAUUUUCUCCGACUUGGGUGAAUUGGAUAGAGCAGAUUCUGAUCUUGACCAAGCUUUCUAUUCUUAUUAAUGGAGGCCCCAGGGGAUUUUUUGGAGUUGAAAGUGGUCUUUGCCAAGGGGACCCUCUUUCUCCUAUGCUUUUCAUUCUGGCAGAAGAAGCCCUGUGUCGCAGCCUUCGUGAGCUCAGAGAUACAGGAUUUGUGAAACCGAUUCCUGGCCCUAGGAAUAUCUACACCCCUUCUCAUAUUUUAUAUGCUGAUGAUCUCUUUAUUUUUAUAAAUGCAGAUUUGAAGGGUGUAAGAAGCAUUAAAAAUUUUUUGGACAUUUAUCAGAGCUACUUAGGGCAGAAUAUAAACCUGAAAAAGAGUAAAAUCUUCUUGGGAACAAUUACUUCUGGUAGGAGACACAAAAUUAAGGAGAUCCUAAAUAUUCUUAUUUGUGACUUUCCAACUCGUUACCUUGGAGUGGAUAUUUUCAGAGGCUGUGUCAAGAAAGAAAGGAUCCUUCCUUUGGUUGAUAAGUGCAAAUCUAGAUUGGUUGGAUGGAAAGGAAGAUUACUUUCUUUUGUAGGCCGGGUGGAACUCGUGAAGACUGUUAUGAGCAGCAUUCCAUUGCAUAACUUUUCAGUUUACCUUUGGCCAUCUUCUUCGAUUUCACUAAUGGAAAGGUGGAUAAAAAUUUUUAUCUGGAGUGGUGAUGCUGAUACCUCCAAAGGUAUUACUGUUAAGUGGACCAAAGUUUGCAAACCAAAAUCUGAAGGAGGUCUUGGCAUUCGUCAUCUUAGAGAUGUCAACCUUGCUUUGCUGUCCAAACUAAGCUGGCACAUGUGUUUAGAUCCUUCUAUUUUUUCUUCCAUCCUUAGAGGAAGACUUAUGACUACUGAUGGUAAUCUUAAACGGUAUGCCCCUUCUUCCUCUAUUAUAUCUGGUCUGCAGAAAGUCUGGGAUUUUGUGAGCAAUUCUGAGCGUUGGAUUGUGGGUGAUGGAGCCACAAUUAACUUCUGGUAUGAUCGAUGGAUUAGCUCUUCAAGGCUUUUUGAUGAAAUAUUUCAUCAUCAGCCGAUCAAUUACAGGCUCAUGGCUUCAGUUUCAGAUUUUAUCUCAGAUGGCCAUUGGAAUCUGCCCACUUUGCAAUCCCGUCUUAUGCAGUCUAUUUGCAAUCAUGGUUUCUUCAAGCUGAAUAUUGAUGGGUGUUCUCUUGGAAACCCAGGAAAUUCAGGAGCUGGUGGCAUCCUCAGAGAUGAAAGAGGAAAUGGAUUAGGAUGUUUUGCAAUUUAUGAAGGAGUUGGGACUAAUUUUAUGGUGGAAUUUGCAGCAUUCUUUCAUGGCCUCAAGCUUGCUUCCACCAAAGGUUUUCAAGGGGAUUCAUCUGAUGGGAGAAUUUCGAAUAGGACCAUCAAGCAUGAGCUUUUGAAGCCAAGACAGUAA